AUGCAGCAACCUCUGACCACACACAGGAGGCAAGAAUAUGCAGACAGUCAACCCUAUCGCAAACAGAUUGCGCCGCGAAGCAUCCGAAGACCCCGUUGCCUUCUGGGAGCGAGCCGCCGAGGGCCUCCCGUGGUUCCGCAAGUGGGACGAGGUAUUCGACUGGCAGCCUCCCUCCUUUCGCUGGUUCAGUGGCGCAAAGACCAACUCGCCUACAACUGCAUCGACCACCAUGUCAAUCGCGGCUGGGGCGGCCACGCAGCCCUCGUCUAUGCCAACGAGCGCGGUGAGCGGCAGGUCUUCACCUACUCACAGCUCAAGCACGAGGUCGAGCGCAUCGCAGCCGCCCUGCGCGGCAUGGGCAUCGAAAAGGGCGACCGCAUCACCAUCUACAUGCCCAUCAGCGCCGAGGCAAUCAUGCUCAUGCUCGCCACGGUUCGCAUCGGCGCAAUCCACAGCGUCGUCUUCGCGGGUUUCGGAGCCGGCGCGCUCGGCGACCGCAUUCAGGCUAGCGGCUCCCGGCUCGUCUUCGCCACAGACAUCACCUACCGCGCAGGACGCGACAUCCCCCUCAAGCACAUCGUUGACGCCUCCAUGGAAAUCGGCGGCGAAUCCGUCGAGCACGUCGUCGUACUCAGGCGGGACCCGGGCACUUCCAUGACCCCGGAGCGCGAUGUUGACUGGAACGACUUCCUCGCGCAGGGUGCAGGUAACGACGGCAGCCACGUCGAAAUGGAGUCCAACGAACCCGCCUACAUCCUCGCCACAUCCGGCACCACCGCCAAGCCCAAGCUCGUCGUCCACGCCCACGGCGGCUAUCAGGUCGGCAUACACAGCAUGGGCAAGUGGUGCUUCGGUCUCCGCGACACCGAUGUCUGGUGGUCAACCUCCGACAUCGGCUGGGUCGUCGGGCACUCUUACAUCGUCUAUGCGCCUCUUCUGGCGGGCGCAACUACCAUCGCCUUCGAGGGCGCAAUCAACCACCCUACGCCCGAUGCCAUCUGGCAGAUAACCGACGAGUUCGGAGUAACCGGCAUGUUCACCUCGCCCACCGCAGUGCGUCUGCUCAUGCGCUAUGGCGACGAGGGCAAGCCCAAGACAAAACUGCCUUCGCUGGAGCGCGUCUUCUGCGCAGGAGAGGUGCUGAACCCGCCCGCGUGGGACUGGCUGCAGAACGAGGCGCUCGAAGACAGAAUUCCGGUCAUCGACCACUACUGGCAGACCGAGACCGGCGGCCCCCUUGUCGGCAACCCAUACGGCUUGGCGAUGCUCCCAUCAAGCCCGGCUCCAGCGGAACGCCCAUGCCCGGCAUCGAAGCCGCCAUCAUGA